AUGCUGGGCCCCCCCAUCCCACCUCCGCCCCUGGGGCCCAGUGAAGACACGUCUUCCCCCUGCACCUUCAGGAUCCCUGACGGGAGCUAUAGGUGUCUGGCCCUGGAGGCCGAGGAGAGUGGGGGUGAAGACAGCGUGCAGGGGGAGGUGGGGCUUGAGGGCCUGAAGGGAGAGACGGGAGCCCGCCGGAGCGGGGACCGCUUUGCCUGUGGAGCCGACCAAGGGACACCCCAACUGCCGAGAGUCCGAGGCAUCAACACACCCAGCUGGCCCAGCGAGGCACGAGGGGACGCACCACGGGAUGGCCUGUCCAGCCAGGACUGGGACCUGGCCAAGGCCCGGAGGAUGCCAUCCAGCCUCAGCCCCAAUCCGGGACCCAGGGAUGUCCAGAAAGCAGCCUUGGUCCGGAGCACCAGCCUCACUGAAAGGAACCUGAAAGAAGCCAAGGUCCGGAGCCGGCAGAUCGCGGCACAGCUGACCACCCCGCCCAGUGGCGGCUCCCGCGGCGUCCAGCUCUUCAACAGGCGCCGGCAGAGGGUCAACGAGUUCACCUCGGAGAGCCACGGCCAGAGUGGACCGAAGGCCAGCCAGGGCUCCCUCCGGGUCUCCACUGCCAGUGCCGCAGGCCAUGUCCCGGGGCUCAGCCUGAGUCCUGCGUCCCUCCCCUCUGCCCCGUCCCCCAGGGACUCUGACAGAGGGACCCCCAGCCACAGCAUGGAGGGCUGCUCUGAGGAGACGGGCCUGCUGCGGCCGCUGGAGAAGGUGGCCAGCGAGGAGGAAGAGGUUCCUCUGGUGGUCUAUUUAAAGGAGAACGCAGCCCUGCUGACGGCCAACGGGCUGCACCUCUCCCAGAACCGAGAGGCCCAGCAGGCCCCGUCAGCCCCACCGGUGACUGAGGUCCCCAGCCCAGUGGCGGAUGUCAACCAAAACCUCACCUCUCCGGGUACCGCUCUCAUCACCCCAACUUCUAACAGCAACCACAUCCUGCCGGCCGCAGAUGUCAAUCAGAACCCGCCAGCCACUCUGCCCUCGCAGAGCCCAGCCCUCACCAGCAUCCAGCAGAAUUCCCUGGAGGCCCCGCCCAAGAGCACAGUGCCCGAUGCCCAGCCUGGCAACCUGGGUACCGGAGGGCUGCCCCAGGAGGCAGCCGUGGAGAUGAGGUCCAGCGUCCUCCUUCCGGAGAACGCCUUCACUGCGCCAACCACCACCAGCACCUUCUGCAGAGACGCGCCUCCCAUCACCAGCUUUGGGCCCCCAGCUCCAGACUUCAUGUCCAGCUCCCUGCUCAUCGACAUUCAGCCCAGGGCCUCCAGGGCAGAGCAGGAGAUGCCUGGGCAGGCAGCGGCCACCACACCCACCAAGAUGUACAGUGAGGUCCACCUCAUGCUGGCCAAGCCCCCGUCAGUGGUCAACAGGACGGCCAGGCCCUUUGGGGUCCAGGCCCCCGGGACCCCCGGCCAGAUGGAACGGAGCCCCAUGCUGGAGAGACGGUACUUCGGAGAGAAGGCUGAGACCCCCCAGCCGUACACCAUGGCUGACAGGAGCCCCCGGCCACAGAGACACGUGAUGUCCCCCAGCCCCAUGCUGGGAAGAAGGUCCGUGGGACAGCGAAGCCCGGCGCUGGAGAGACGCCCCUUGGGGAAUUUCACCCCGCCCCCCACCUAUGCAGAGACCUUGUCCACAGCGCCCCCAGCUUCCCAAGUGAGGUCUCCCCCCUCCUACGCGGCCCUGUACCCCAGCUCUGACCCCAAGCUUUCUCACCCGAAAGGCCAGGCCGUCCCUGCCAGCAAGACCGGCAUCCUGGAGGAGUCGAUGGCCCGCAGAGGCAGCCGGAAAUCCAUGUUCACCUUUGUGGAGAAACCCAAGGUGACCCCGAACCCAGAUCUCCUGGACCUGGUCCAGACGGCCGAUGAGAAGCGGCGGCAGAGGGACCAGGGGGACGUGGCCGCGGAGGAGGAGCCCUUCGCCCUGGGGGCUGAAGCCUCCAACUUCCAGGCUGAGCCGUCCGCCCGGGACAGGGCCAGCCCGGCGGCCGCAGAGGACACUGUCCCUGAGUGGGCCUCGUGCCUCAAGUCUCCACGCAUCCAGGCCAAGCCCAAGCCCAAACCCAACCAGAACCUCUCGGAGGCGUCCGGGAAGGGGGCCGAGCUCUACGCCCGCCGCCAGUCCCGGAUGGAGAAGUAUGUCAUUGAGUCCGCCGGCCACCAGGAGCUGGCCCGCUGCCCGUCCCCCACCAUGUCCCUGCCUUCCUCCUGGAAAUACUCCACGAGUGGCCCCGGGGGCUUCCGAGUGGCCUCCCUCAGCCCAGCCCGGACGCCACCCUCCUCCCUCUACCACGGCUACCUGCCCGAGAAUGGGGUCCUGCGCCCCGAGCCCACCAGGCAGCCCCCCCACCAGCUGCGCUCCUCGCUCUUUGUGCUCUCCCCGCUCAAGGAGCCGGUCAGGGCCCCCUCGAGAUCCGCCUCACCCAGGGCCACCUCGUCCAGAGCCGCCUCCCCGGCCAAGCCGAGCUCCCUGGACCUGGUGCCCAGCCUGCCCAAGGGGGCCUUCCCGACGUCGCCGGCCCUGCCUCGGGCCUCCCGCUCUUCUCCUGGGCUCUACACCCCGUCGGGCCAGGACGGCCUGCAGCCCAUCUCUGGGAGCCCCACCUACAGCACCGACGUCUCCCCUGUGUCGCCUUCCCGGGCGUGGUCUCCCCGAGCCAAGCAGGCCCCCCGGCCCUCCUUCUCCACCCGCAACGCUGGGAUCGAGGCUCAGGACCGCCGGGAAAGCCUGCCCACCUCCCCGCCCUGGACACCGGGGCCAUCGCGUCCUCCUAGCAGCCUGGACGGCUGGAUGAGCCCGGGGCCCUGGGAGCAGGGCCGCGGGAGCAGCAUGGGCAGUCCCCCGCCGCUGCCGCCGCCGCCUCCCCUGUCUCCCUCGUGGAGCGAGCGCUCGGUGUCCCCGCUGCGACCCGAGCCCGAGGCGCGGCCCCCCAGCCGCCAGCUGCAGGCACUGCUGGCGCGGAACAUCAUCAACGCCGCCCGGCGCAAGAGCGCCUCCCCGCGGCCGGCGGCGGCAGAGCGCCUGCGGCCCUUCUCCCCGCCCGGGCUGCAGCCGCCGCCGCCACCGCCGCCACCGCCGCCGCCGCCGCCGCGCAUGCGCUCGCCACUGCCCGCCCGCCCGGGCCCGGCCCGCGCGGUGGCCACCGCCUUCGCCCCGAUCGCGCGCAGCCCGGGGCCCGCUGCGCCCUCCCCCUGCGCCAGCCCCCGGAGCCCGCCGCCCGCGCCGCCCAGGCCCUACCCCUACCGCCGCUCGCCCACGGACUCCGACGUGUCCCUCGACUCUGAGGACUCCGGGGCGAAGUCGCCGGGCCUCCUCGGCUUCAACAUCUGUCCCCGGGGCUGGAACGGCAGCCUCAAGCUCAAGCGCGGGGGGCUGCCCGCCCAGGCGUCCUGCACCUAA